UCCAGUGCCGUUGGGGAGGGGGAGAUGGAGAAAGACAGGCAGGGAGCUGACAAACUUGGCUUUAUUCAGGGCUGACAGGAGGGAGAAUCUCCUUCCUGGAGUCAGAGCAGAAAGAGGGUGAAAUGAGGCAUCUGUCAUUCCCCACACUCCAUGGGAACCCCCAGCCAGAAGAACAUAAGUGAGUGGGGGACGCCAGGCUUCUCCCCAUGACCUUGGAGCCUCCCUUUUCUUCCAGGAAAUUUUCCUAAACCUUCCCUCCAAGCCCACCAAAGGGGUAAGGUGACUGAAGGAGAAAAGGUGACCCUGCAGUGCCAGAAGCCAGACUUCGGGAUCGUGCCUGUGAUGUUUGCCCUACUGAAGGCAGGAAGUCCAAAGCCCAUCCAACUCCGGAGUCCAGUAGGGAAGGAGACAGACUUCUCCCUUCAGAGUGUGACAGUCAAUGACACUGGGCAGUACAGCUGUGUGUACUACCAGACAAAGGCUCCUUUCUGGGCCUCAGAGCCCAGCAAUCGCGUUGACAUCCAGGUGACAGGCUGCGUGUUGGCCAAGGAGACAGGAGAAGAGAUGGCUCACUUCCCAAGCCCUCUCUCAGUGCCUGGCCUAGCUCGGUGGUACCGGCUAAAAGUAAUGUGACACUGCGAUGCAGGACUCCUACCAAGGGUGUAAACUUUGAUCUCAGAAAGGGAGGACACCUCAUUGAGUCCUCACA